GUCCUUUUGUUUUUUGUUAUUGUGAUCUCAAAUAAAAUUUUAACCUCUACUGUAAUAGAGGCAUAUAUCGUUUUUAUUGCUAUGGAAGAAAUAGAAGUUGAUAUCGAGUCGGAAGAAGUAAACCAAAAUGUAGAAGAAAAUAGGACUGAGUCUGCAGAGCUAAAAGUUACAUCCAACAAAGACAAAGAAAGUCCUCAAAAACACAAAUUUCUGCGAUUACCUUUAGCUCGAGUAAAAACCAUAAUGAAAAAAGACACAGACUGUGCUUUACUUAGUCAGGAUGCAGUUUUUCUUGUUACGAAAGCAACUGAAAUGUUCAUUGAAUAUUUUGCAAGUGAGACAGGAAAACAACUUGCAAUAAUGGGUAAACGCAAGACUGUAAUGAGAAAAGAUGUCGACACUGUAAUUCAUAGUACUCCCCAGCUAUGUUUUUUGGAUGGAGCUCUUGAUUAAUAUGAUGAAUUAGUUAUUUCUUGUUGAUAUUUGUUUAGGAAAUUGAUGUAAAAUAAAAGUCGGUAUAUUUUUUGUAUAACACACAUGAUUGUUAAUAAAUAAAUCUAGUCUAGUGAUA